CUGUCUUUCAAAAAGCGUGUAGCGCUCUGUUCAACUUCAAUCCCACUACUUACAUAGUUUGGCUUCUCUAGACACAGAUAUAGAAUGGAAUCAAUGGAAAUUGAUCGAGGAAAUACACCGCCUGGAGGAGAAAAGGGGGAAGAACUGAAGCAAAUCAUACUAGUAUUAAUUGGUCUACCGGGAAGUGGAAAAUCCACCUUUUGCGAGGAAGUGGCGAAAGUUUCUUCCCGCCCCUGGACCCGCGUUUGCCAGGAUGCAAUCAAGAAUGGCAAGAGUGGGACAAAAAUCAUGUGUUUAUCUGUUGCAGCUGCUGCUUUGGAAGAUGGUAAGAGUGUAUUGAUAGACAGGUGUAACAUUGACAAGGAGCAGAGGGCAGACUUUCUCAAACUCGGCAGUUCAGAAACAGAGAAACAUGCCGUGGUGCUUGAUCUUCCAAACUCACUUUGUAUCUCUCGUUCUGUGAAGCGUAGUGGGCACGAGGGCAAGUUACAAGGCGGUCGAGCAGCUCAAGUAGUGAAUCACAUGGCGCCAAAGAAAGAGCUCCCUAAACUGAGUGAAGGGUUUAACAGAAUAAUGUUUUGCUACAAUGAGAAAGAUGUGAAAGAAGCUAUCAAAUUGUAUGGUUCUCUCAGACUGUGUGAUUCUCUCCCUUCUGGUUGUUUUGGUCAGAAGAGUUUGGAUUCCAUGGUUCAAGUUGGAAUCAGGAGCUUUUUCAAGAAACAAGAUACCUCCGGAAAUGCUAAGUCUGUGCCUGAAGAUUCUGGCAAUCAGGGAGCGGAAGCGGGUUCUCAUACAGCAGGUGAUGCUCUUGAGAAGAAGGGGAAGUUUGAUAAAGUUGUUGUUACUACCUCUACUUCAGGUUCUACUGCUUCUUGCUGCAUUCCAACUUUGGCGUUUCCAUCCAUUUCUACUGCAGACUUUCAAUUUGACCUUGAAAAAGCAUCUGAUAUUAUUGUAGAGCAAGUUGAGGAAUAUAUUAGUAGGAUUGGAGAGGCUAAACUAGUUAUGGUAGAUUUAUCUCAUGGAUCGAAAAUAUUGUCCCUGGUUAAGACCAAGGCUGCGAAGAAGAAUAUUGACUCUAACAAGUUUUCUACAUUUGUUGGAGAUAUAACUCAACUCCGAUCUGGUGGAGGUUUAAGCUGCAACGUAAUUGCUAACCCUACAAACCGGGAAAUAAAACCAGGGGGUGGAGGAGUAAAUGCUGCUGUUUUUAAAGCCGCAGGCUUCGAGCUAGAAGUUGCAACCAAGGAAAGAGCUGAAAAACUUGCGGCAGGGGAGUGUGUGAUCGUGCCACUUCCUUCAUCUUCUCCGUGGUUUGGUGCAGAAGGUGUGACCCAUGUUAUCCAUGUUCUUGGACCAAAUAUGAACCCCAAGCGACCCGACUGUCUCAAAGACGAUUAUACUAAAGGAUGCAAGAUUCUUCGCGAAGCUUACUCAUCACUGUUUGAAGGCUUUGUUUCUAUAGUGAAGUCCUACGGUAACGAAGAUCAAAAUGGCAAAAGAACAGCACCUUUUGUCCCUGAGAAAAACAAGAAGAGUAAGGGUUCAAGCUCUCCACUUUCAAAAUCUGGUGUGAAUAAUCAAAAUCAGGUUGAGCAAGGCAGCACUACUAAGACUUGGAACCCAUGGGCCCAAGCUCUUCACAAGAUUGCUAUGAGUCCUGGCAAUCAUAAGGACGUUGUUCUUGAGGUUUCAGAUCACGUAGUAGUGAUAAAGGAUUCUUAUCCAAAGGCACAACAACACCUCUUAGUCAUUGCACGAUGCCAUGGGCUUGACAGCCUUGCUGAUGUCAGUGGUGAAGAUAUUCCCUUAUUGAAAGAGAUGCAUGAUGUUGGCUUGAAAUGGGCUGAAAAGCUCAUUCUCAAAAAUAAGUCGCUGGAAUUCCGUCUCGGAUACCAUUCAGUAAGCCAUGUUCUAAACUCCAUCUUGAUCCCCUCAAUGCGGCAACUGCACCUACACGUGAUAAGCCAGGACUUCGACUCGACUCACCUGAAGAACAAGAAACAUUGGCUUUCAUUCAAUACUCCAUUCUUCCUAGAUUCAGUGAAUGUGAUUAAGCAACUCGAAGAAGAUGGAGAGCUCAGAUUGGGAAAUGAAAGCUUCUUUGAUGGGGUAUUGCGCUGCCAUCGUUGUCUAAGUGUGAACCCGAACAUGCCUAAACUCAAGAACCAUCUUCGGUCUUGUAAAUACCCCCUCGCAGUUCUAAUCCAAAGUGGCUAUCUUAUUUCCUCAGAAGGUAAGUAUAGGUAACUUGAUUCCAGCAGUGUACAACUCGCCCUUUAGUACUUUUCAGCUUUGUUCUGGACAAAUUGUAUGGUACAUGAUGUAUUUUGAGGUCCCUUUUUUUGGAUCAAAAUCAUGUCGAUUUUUGUGAGAUAAGGCAUGUUAGGUUAGCUGAUGCUUUGGAGGCUUGCACUGCCAAAAUAAGGAAUAUUUUUUGGGUACUA